UGCCACUCAAAAACCUGCCUUUCGCUCCGAGGGGUUCCUACAAAUAAAUAGCCGCCCCACCCCGGUUUCAUUCCUCCAAAGCUUUCAUUUUGGUAAAGAGCAGUCAGCAGCUGACUUGGGAGGUCCACUUUUGUGGAAGACAGGGGUAUUGGGAACAUAGGAAGCUGACAUAUACUGAGUCAGACCCUUGGUCCAUCUAGCUCUGUAUCGUCUACUGGCCGCGGCUUCUCCAAGGUUGCAGGCAGGACUCUCUCUCAGCCCUAAGAUGCAUGCUUUGGUAGUUUGUUGGUUAAAUAAAAAAAAUCUUGUCCUAUAAAAAAAAUCGUGUCCUAAGAUGCCACGGAGGGAACUUGGAACCUUCUGCUCUUCCCAGAGUGGCUCCAUCCCCUGAGGGGAAUAUCUUAAAGUGCUCACACAUCAAGUCUCCCAUUCAUAUGCAACCAGGGCAGACCCUGCUUAGUUAGGGGGACAAGUCAUGCUUGCUACCACAAGACCAGAUCUCCUCUCUUUGUUGGUAGUGAGCAAGCAAAUGGUAAACGCUGCUGUCAUAGCUGCUGCACUUGCUUCUUACUGUUGCUGAUUCCCAGGGCCACCUCUGAAGCAGUUAUUUUCUUUCAUCCAUUCUCUAUAUAAGAUGUGUUCUGAUGGAUUAGAUUGAAGGUCCAACACGCAACACCUUGCUUCCAGCAGUAGAUAGGCAGAUGCAUCUGGGAAGCCCACAAGCAAGGCACAAAGGCAACAGCCCUCACCUGUGUUUGCCCCAACUCUGACCCUCACAGAAAGAUGCAGUGAACCUCCAGUAUUGUAAGUAUCGGGAUGGAAUGCUGCUGCAAAGGACUAGACAAGAGAUGCUGGUGUUGCAAGUAGGAGGUUUGCAUUCCUAUGACACAGAGCGAAAUAGGAUGGGUAGAACAUCUAGACCUCGAAGUUUAAAGGCAACAGCUUUGGUGAUGGAACUAGAUCAAACAAGUAGUGCUUUUAAAAAGCCAAAAAGAGGACAUACAAGGAGUAAGAAGAAAAGAUUAACUUUUCAGGAUGAAGUAGAUAUCACUAGAUCAGAAGACGAUCUAAAAUCAAAUGACAUAACAACCAAAGUAAUUGCCACAAGGGGCACCACGGUCCUUACUUUUGGUCUCUGCUUGGUAAAAAACGUCUCCCAGCAAGGCCUAGAUUUAAUAGGAGCAACCUAUAAUACUAAGACCAAAAGACUGGUCCUAUUAGAUGGCAAAGGAUUGUUCAGCUUGGAUUUGCUUCCUUCUAAUUGUACUGUUAAAAGAGAAAUGUGUUUUGAAAAAUAUAAGUUCAACAUGGUGAGGAUCAUCACUUACUCUGAAAAAUACAAUGUUUACUUUGUUCUACACAAAGAUUUUUCAAUUAAGGUUUACAAUAAGUAUUAUCACGAGGUUUGCUCACUAGAAAAUCCAGGUCCAGGACGGGUAACAUUUAUAGCAUUCAACCCAGUGAAAGAUGAAGUCAUCAGUGGAGGACUCAGAGGAGUAAAGAUUUGGAAAUUUAAAGAAAAGGCGGCUCCAGAUUAUGCUAAUCCUGAUGCCAUGUUCCAUUAUAGUCUUAUUUUCAGUACAGAAUAUCCAUACAUGGGGAAUAAAUUGUGCACAAAUAUGGAUUUUGAUGUCCUUAUGCAAAGAUUCUACUGCUUUUCUGACUGCCACUUCUUCUGCUACGACAUCAAUGGGACAAUGCUAUUUGAGAUACCAAAUGCACACCAAAGCGCAAUUAUCUCAUGUGUCUAUUCAUUGGAUGUUAACAUUUUGCUUACUUCCUCCAGAGGCUCUGAAAUAAAAUCUUGGAAUGAUCAAGGCUCCUUGCUACAUGUAUUUCAAGGUCACACCAAAACUGUCACAAAGAUUCUACUGCACCCAAGCACUGCUUCCUUAUUUAUCUCUGGAUCUCUAGAUGGAUCAGUCAAACUUUGGUCAUUUGAUACAAUGGACAUUUUUUACAGCUUAUCACCAUUCCAUGAUGGAAUACUUCGGAUUGGCACAAUGGACAAUUCAUUUCUUUAUUGCUUUUCUGCCCGCAAUCUUCAUAUAUAUGAUUUGAACUCAUUUACCAGCUUCUGGACUCAUGUCCACAGUCAAAUAAGUAAUCUCUCCCUCUGUAGUGCUGAUGGGAAAUCCAGCAGAGUGGUUGCUCUGGGUGCUGACAACAGUUUAAGAAUAUUUUCUCUUCAUAAUGGAACAAAGUUAUGCACAGUUUUGCCACCUCCUUUUCCCACUCUGCUUCAGCCGGUUCUAAGUUUCACAUACAAUCGAACUAAUGGAACUGUUUACUUUCUUUUGUCACCCUGGGAUAUAUGGGUAUAUACAGCAAGGACCGACCCUGCAUGUAGAGCAGCAGUGUGGACUAUUGGAGAACUACAACAACACUUGUAUAGAAAACAUCCCUUACACUCUUGUAUACAGAAGAAUGAAUACUUUCAGCAUACUCAAACAAGAAAUUUUAAGACUCCAGUGAGCUGUGAAUGCCUCUGCAGCUUGUCUUCACCAUUCUGCUACUUGACAGAUGAAGGGCUGGUGUAUGCAGAUAAUCAGGAAUUUCUGGUUCUUGGUAUGCAGGAUGGAAGAAUUCUGUUUCUGCAUACAUCAAUACAGAAUUUGGUAUAUUAUGAGAUGAGAGUCUAUAAAGAUCCAGUAAUUCAUUUAAGGCAUGAUGUGGACCAGCAGCAACUGAUAAUCAUGUGCCAAGGACCAUACUUUAAACGUGUACAUUUCAGAAGCUUGCCUGCUCUGGAGUUGGUCUGCUACAUUGAUGUCUCAAAUGAUACCCUUGUUUUUACAAGGCUUAACAAUUCAUUGUUUCUUGGCCUGAAGUCUGGAGCUGUAGAUGUUUUAAAUAUUUUAAACGAAGAUGACAAGAAAGUGUAUUCUGAAAAGACUGAUGUGAAUAAUAAUGGGGAAGAUGAACAAAAAGAUGCUUCUUACUACUCAGAAAACUACCACAAGGGUCCUGUGAUAGCAGUCGAUUCCUGCAAGAAUCUGUCUAUCUUUUUAAGUUGUGGUUCAGAUUUCAUAAUAAAGAUAUGGGACAUUCAGAAGAAUUUGGUGGCUGAUAUCACUCUUGAUAACACUUUAACUGCAGCCUGUUUCUUGAAUACUUCUGGAGAUAUUUUGCUAGCUUUCAAAAGUGAUCUUUAUGUCUUGACUCACGAUAAGGCACUGGGCUUACCAAAGACAAGUGUUGACACCUCUAGAGUCUCAGCAGCAGAAUCCUAUAUUUUUGAAAGCCAAUCAUCAGAUGUACAAGAGAGAGACAAAAUUGCUGUCUCGAAAUCUAUUGAGAUGGAGUCGUAUCUGGUUCCUUACAAGGGAUUUGCCUUUACUGAAGACUUCACAUCAGAGUUGCUGGUUUUACCGAAGAAGAAAGGAAAGCCUGCCUGGAGAUUGCCGAUGGCUCCCUCAAAGAUCUACUGCUCACCCUGUGCCUCAGAAGCAUCUCUAAAAAUAUUUGAUUUCCUGCUCCAACCUAGAACCCCCAAUUUGGAAGAACAAGAUAAAGCUGAAAUGUCUAGAAGAAUGGUUGUAACCAAAGAUAUGAAAUAUGUGCUUGGGCCAAAACCUGCAGUGCCUGCAUGUUGGGAAAUCCCUUUCUUUGGAGUUUCUCCAUGUUCAUCAAAAAUCUCUGAGCAGUCAGACAUAAGAACACAACCUGAGGAGCAGGUUGCUGAAGCAGAAAGUGAGUUGGCCAUUGUGGAGCUGUUAGAAGAAACUCCAAUCAAAGAGCAGCAACAAAUCAAUGAAGAAAUAGCUCCAGAAGCUAUAGCUCCAGAAAUAAUGCCAGAGUCUGCUUGCACUUUGGACAAUGUCAGCACUCUGGACAAAAAACAGACCUUCGUGUCAACAUUAAACAUAAGUUCUUUCAUUUAUGAGAAAAGAAAAGAAAAGAUUUCCAAGAAAGACAGUAAAGUCAAGAUGCCUGUGUCCAAGAAACUCCUUGGAAAGGAAAGUUUAGGACUCAGAAAGAUAAGAACACCAAAGCACAAAAGAGUUUUUUCAGCAACUAAGAGUGCUGUGAUUUCCCAAGAUGUCUCUUCUGUCUCGCAUGCCAAGUCAGCUAUUUCUGUGGAUAAGGUGAAAUGUACUGAAGUUAAAUUGGAGACGGCAGGGGGAAAAGUAUUUCCAGCCCUUGAAAUUGAGGGUUUGGCACCUGCUGCAAAAAGGCCCCCUUCGAGAAGGACUUACCAGAAGACAGAGGAAGUGUACGAGUCCCCUUCUGAGAAACGUGUUGUAAGGGCAGUGUCCUGGAGGAGGAGAGAAAAUGAACGGAUUCAGCAAGUAGAAGAACGACGACGUUUAAUACAAGAGUUUGAAAGAAGGCCCUGUUCUCGGAACCGCUGUUUUACCCCUACCAAUUCUCAGCAAUAUCAAAAUCUACAGCCUUCAGAAUCCCUUCCUGAAGCAUUUUUCACCUGGAUGAAGCCUUACAGCCAAAUUCCUAGGCGUCCAUACACUGUGAUGGAAGAAACUACCAUCCAUCUCCCUAGAGACUUUUCUUACAGGCUGGCCUGGGGGACACCUACCACUCAAAACCUGGAGAUAAAGAUGUAUCAGCCCAGGAUGAAGUUCAGCAAAAGUCUCAGUCAAGAGCUCAGUAAGGAGAAUAGUAAAGAUCACAGUAAAGAUCACAGUAAAGAUCGCAGAAUGAGCAGCCUGCCUGUAGAGAGAGAUCUGCAACCAACCAGAUCAAUCCCAGACAAAGGGAAAUACAUCUUAGUGAAUGACCCUAUUCCAGCAUCAUCCACUCCUGCUCUGAGUCCAUUGGAGAGCAAGUUACUUAGUGCUCGUUUUCCUAGACAGAAAGAAAAGAUUCUCCGUUCUCUCUUCUAAGACUUGCGGGAUGUCUGCUAGACUAUCUUGGGCAGCUUCAUCUUAAGUGAAUGAGACACCUUCAACAUCUUCCAUUCCUUCCACAAAUGUGUGUCAACAGGAUUGUCUCUUUUGAUAUUGUUUGAGGAAGUCUCCAAGGCUGGCUAGCCAAGUAAUAACACCAAUAUCUGAGCCCUUAGAUUUCUUUCUGCAGUAUGCUAUUUUAAUGAUGUACUAUUUGCUGCUUUUAAUUCUCACAUGAAUACAUCAUAUCUUAUUUUCCUGAGGAUCCAAGUAUUUAGUAAAUAAUUACUAAUAGGCAAACAGGGAGCACAUGCAAAUGAAUUACUAAUUGAGUCAAAAGCCAGCAAUCCUUUAUAUAGGUGUUACAUAGCUUAGAAAUUGGGAAAACCUGGUUUCCCAACAGAGUAAAAUUAUCCCUCCUUAGUGUCAACCUCAUUUGGGCCUGGGGUGGGACUAUCAACCCUUUCUUAUAAACUAGACACAUUUCUCUUUCCUCCACUCAUUGUUAUGCAAGAAGUAGAUUGUCAUUGUUUUUGUGCAUCAACUGACCUGUCUACCACCACCACCAACACCACAUAUUUUUGGCAAGCUGAUGCUCUUUCCUUGUGUGUUCUCUUCCUUUUUUUGUGAGGACAGAUACAUUAGGAAAAUACAUAGAUAAUACCCAUUACUACUGAUAAACUCUGAAUGAGAUCUGAAGUGUUUCAGCCAUGUGAAUAAUCAGGGGGAUAGAUGGAUACUCUUCCAUCUCAGAAAUGGUUGUGUGAGUUGGCUCUCAAACUGUUCAGAUUAACCCAUUUGAGUAGGUUUUCUUCCCUCUAAAAUCCUGAUUUUGAGAUGGCAUGAAAAACAACGGGGUCUUGCCUUUUUGAAUUCCUUAGCAUAUUCUAAUAGGAUAGCAAAGUUUGGAAAGACUUCAGAUCUUUAAUCCAAUACAUUGCUAUCAAAGUUAAAGUCAUUCUAGUUUAAGGUCCGUUAAAUCAAUAAGUAUGCAUUGUUUAAAAAUUCGAUUUUUUAUCAACAUGAUCAAUAUUGUACACAAUAUUCUUCAAUUUUGUAUUUUUCUUUAGAGAUACUUAAUAGAUAAACUUUGAAUGCAAAGGAAACUCUAAUUGAUUACCAGAUUUGCAAUUUUGUCAGGUCAGAUGGCCUAUCAAACCUGGAGUUCUUUUUUGCACCUUUUCCAUCCCUGGAGCACCUGAGCUUCAUAAUACUCCCCCACAGCUGAGACCAACCACUUCCACUUCACUCAAUAUUCAAUACUCAAUACUCAUUUCAUGUCAUUCUCUACAAACUGCAGCAGAAGCAGUUUCCAUGGUUAUGAUGGAAAAGGUACAAAUUCUCUCAGGUUUCUCCAUACACAUUUGAUUCAAUCCAGCUUCCUGCAACACAGCAUUCUAUCCUUGCCAUAUACCACUUAUUAACUUCACUAGCACAGAUUGGCAGCAAACCCUCAAAAUCUCCAGCACCCCACCACAAACUCACCCAGGCUUUCACAUUUAUAUACAUCUGCUCGGUCCCUAAAACUCAUGUGUUCCUUGCCACAUUCUAUCUGCAAAUCUUGGCAAAAAACAGCAAAUUUAAGGAAAAGGUUCAACAUCUACCCUACCAAGUCUUUUGGGCUUCAACACACACACACACACACACGCGCGCGCGCGUGCGCGUUGCCUCCAUCUAGCCACCUCCAUUGAUUCAAACUAACUCCAUAUGAUGCACAUGAUUUGUGAACUCAGAAUGAACUUCCAUAAAGAGGGGUGCAUGGAGCAUCAGCAGCACAGAUGUGGUUAUGUUUUCAUUUAUUAUAAAGUGCAUACUCCACCAGCAUGGUUCUAUGAAGCCCUCAGGAUGGCUAACAGUGUGUCUAUGAAAGUCAUAACUAAGCACCCUUGAAACUGAUUAAGUUUGUUGUGACUAACUUAAGUCCAAGGAAUUUCAAUGGAAACUUAAGAUUCCUUGGAUACAGUUCACUCGGAACAACAAUAAACAUUUAAAACAAUUUAAAUACAUAAA